UUGUACAGACUAUUACGAACCCUGCAACUAACUGGGUUUAAUUUUUUUCCAUCGUAAUGUCAUACUCUGGGAUACACCCCCAACACCUAUAUAAAGCAACCCCAUGUCAUGAAGCACUCCAACCAGCAAGGCCCAAGCUUGUCAACUAUACGUGCUAAGUUACAAGUCACAAGUCACGGCUGCUGACAGAUGGAGGCGACGGGCGGCAUGCGUCGCCACUUGCUGUGCCCGAUCUCGCUGCAGCCCAUGCAGGACCCUGUCACGGCGCCCACCGGCAUCACCUACGACCGCUGCGCCAUCGAGCGCUGGCUCGCCGCCGGCCACGAUACCUGCCCCGUCACCGGCCAGCCGCUCUCCCUCGCCAACCUCACCCCGAACCACACGCUCCGGAGGCUCAUCCAGUCCUGGCGUCCGAAUUCGACGCCGGUGGAGCGAGAGCAGCCGGAUGUUGCUGCCGACGUUGUCAAGAAGCUCUUGUCAUCAGCGUCUUGCCCGCCGGUUGAUGUGCUUUGUAAGGCCGCUGAGGUGGCGUCGGAAAGCGAGGUGGCGCGGCGGUACAUGGUGGACGCCGGUGUGCUCCAGCGCGUGCUCCGCCUCGUCGUGUCCUGCGCCAAGAACAAGAGCAGCCCCGGUGAUCAGGGGAGUUUCGAUAUACCGACUACUGUCGAGGCGUGCCUGGCUCUCAUCCGCGCGCUCGACGUCUCUGGGGACGAGCUUCGGCCGCUCGUAGUCGACAGCCACGACCUCGUCGACGCGCUGACCGACGUGCUCGUAGCCUUCGAGCCCGGUCCCGGCGGCGCGGCGCGAGCGAGCGCGGUGCAGCUGCUGGAGUCCGUGACCGAGGAGGCCAGUGCUUCGGUCCUGGGGAGAUUGAGGCUGGAGCUCUUCCGCGCCGUCACGGCCGUGGUGCGGGACCGGCUGUCCCCGGGCGCGACUCGCGCGGCGCUGUGCGCGCUCCUGCACGCGUGCCCCGUUGGCCGGAACCGCGCGCUGAUCGUGGAGGCCGGCGCGGUGCACGAAGCCAUCGAGCUGGAGCUCGCCGCGCCAUCGUCCCCGGGCUUUGGAGCGGGAGACAGGCGCGUGACGGAGCUGACGAUGGCGCUGCUCGCGGAGCUGUGCGCGUGCGCGGACGGACGCGCGGCCGUGGCGGCGCACCCUGCGGGCAUCGCCGUGGUGGCCCGGCGGCUGCUGCGCGUGUCCGCGGGCGCCGACGCGUGCGCGGUGCGCGUGCUGGCGGCCGUGAGCGGCAGGGCGGCGUCUCCGGAGACGCUGCGGGAGAUGGCGCGCGUGGGCGCCGUGGGGAAGCUCUGCUGCGUGCUGCAGGCGGACUGCGACGCCAGCGUGAAGGAGGCGGCGAGGGCCGUGCUGCGGCUGCACUCCGCCUUGUGGAGCGGGUCGCCCUGCGUCAGCGCCUACCUGCUCUCUAGGUACCUGUAGCUGUGGGCAUAGCAGCAGUUCUUGCGGUGCAACAUGUUGAUUAGAUGCCUGUAACCUUAGCAUGUAGGAGAGAUUUGAUUUUGUUAAUUUCCCGAGCAAUCCUCGCUGCAGGUUGUAAAUGUUAAUUAGUCAUCUCUCACAAAGAAAUUUAAAAAUCUCAUGCGGUAUUUUGA